AGAGAGAGAGAGAGAGAGAGAGAAAUGAAAAUGAAACUGUGGAAAAAGGCUGCCGGGCUUAUCAAAGACCGGAACAGCAUAUGGGUGGCCAGCAUCUCCAGACGGACCUCGUACCGGAACCCGGAUCUCGAGGCCAUCAUCAUCAAGGCCACCAGCCACGACGAAACCCACGUCGAUUACAAGAACUUCCAUAGAGUCUACCAAUGGGUUCGCACAUCUCCUCUCUACCUCAAGCCCCUCCUUUGGGCUCUCUCUACCCGCAUGGCCAAGACUCGCUCUUGGGUUGUCGCUCUCAAAGGCCUCAUGCUCAUGCACGGCGUUUUCUGUUGCAAAAUCCCAUCCGUUCAGAAGAUUGGCAGGCUGCCUUUUGAUCUCUCCAAUUUCUCCGACGGCCAUUCCAAGUCCGCCAAGAUAUGGGCUUGUGAUGCCCUGGUUCGCGCCUAUUUUACAUAUUUGGACCAAAGAUCCGCCUUUUUUAGUACGUUGGUGAUCAAGAAGAACAAGGGCGAUCAGGAGGAGCCUGCAUUGUUGGAAGAGCUCGGGAGAUUGCAAAAGUGGCAAUCUUUGCUUGACAUCCUUCUUCAGAUCAAACCAGAGCUGAACUUGACGAUCAGCACUCAUAACAACAACAACAACAGCAACACCACCACCAACAACAAGGUUUAUCUCAUUUCCGAAGCCAUGAUUUGUUUGCUCACAGAGAUCUUCGACGUGUAUAGCAGGGUUUGCAAAGGGAUCGCCCGAACGCUUUUGAAGAUAUACGCGGCUCCUGGCAAGCAAGAGGCACAGCUAGCGCUUGGGGUUGUUCAGAAGGCAGCAGUUCAAGGAGAGGAUCUCUCCUUGUACCUUGAAUUUUGCACGGAAUUGGGCAUCCUCAGCGCCACGGAUUGUCCUAAAGUUGAGCAGAUUCCGGAAGAAGAUAUUAGAGACCUCCAACGGAUAAUCAAUGAAGCUUCAGUGAGAAACGAAAACAGAGACGUGAAAAAUGGGGUUGUCGAUCAUGCACAGGAGGAGGAGGAGGAGGACAAGGCCAUUGUGAUGAUGAGACAAAGAGAAAGCAGCAGGGGUAGAAAUAAAAUAAUGGUUUAUGAUCAGCAGCAAACGGCAUCAAAGAGGGCCUUCCAGACAAUCAUCACAGACAAAUGGGAGGUCUUUGAAGAAGAUUUGAUCAGCUGGGUCAGCGUAGAUACGACUGGUUUCUCUGAUGUGAGCGGCAAUACCACUAUUACAACAAGUACACCGAGUAGUGCUGUGGGUGCACAAUACAGAAACCCUUUUGCUGCAGCCUCUUCAAAUAUGAUGAUACCUUAUAAUGCACCUGCACAUAACCAAGUUCUUCCAGAUUUGAUUAGUUUCUGACGAUUUGUUGUUGUUGGAUUAAUAUUGAAAAGUUUCAUUCCCUUGUUCCCCAGCAGCAGCCUUGUCAAUACCUGCAGCUCAAUCUCUCCCAAUUUUUGUGGAUCUUAUAUCCUCCCCCUUGGGCCUCUUACUUAUUAAUUAAUUAUCAAUAGAUGAAUUCUAACUUGAUUUCUUCC